UGAGGGUCUGUGUAUUGUAGUUCCGCUAUUGCCUCGGUGCACCACACGAACAAACGAUUGUCAAUGGACUGUGUGAGACGGAUCUCAAUCGUGUAUGAACCGGUUUCCCUGUGCUUCAGAUGCGCGGUUUCAGACUUGUAAUCUGCUGCCAGGUUCCUUUUUUAUCCGGACGGAAAGAGAGACAGAGAGAGAGAAAAGGACUAAUUCCCCCCAAAGAGAGAAAAUGCCGUGAGUCUUGAAGUUUAGUGGAUCUGUGUUUUCGUAGAUUCCUCUAUCUUUGUCGAUCCCUCUCUUUACUUUGUCUUUAGAGUUACAGUGUUGCAAUUUUUUUUGACAUUUUGAUAAGUGUGGCACGUUGAAGGAAAAAAAAAGUCGAGGGAUGUAGCCAACGAUGGAAGUGAAGUUGUGCGUGCUAUGAUUGUGAAUCAUCCCAGGGUUUCAUAUUGGAUUGAAUUUAUCUGUUAGCAGAGGUCGAGUCGUUUAAGCAAGAGUGGAUUUAUUCCAGCUGUGAAUUUCACGAGCCUCUUGUGUUUGUAAAUCAUUUCAGUUUUAAUUAGAAGCUCAUCCACACAGAACACCCUGAGGAAGAAAUCACCAAUAACACUCUGGAACAUUUGGACUUUUUAAUACCUUAUCUUACUUUUUAGACCAGUGCGUCAUUUCAUUUCACAUCAGUUUGAUCAUUCUACAACCAUUUUUAAUUAACUAUCAAAGGCUGCUUCAUCUCUCUUAAGGGUGACUUGUCCAGUGUAGCAUUUUUCUAUCCACAUGGGAUCAUAGUCCACUACACGUCUUGGUUCCUUCCAUGCCCGUCCUGUGGUCCAUUUUAAGCUCACUGGACCUCGUCCGUAUAAACACUGGUCCUGGACGUGUUGGCAUGGGAGAAGCCACCCCUGCUCAAGCUGCUGCAGGGGCAUUCGUACCCAUGUUGGGAGUCGGUUUAGGAGCCAUGCCCGGUGGAGUGGGCACUGGCCCGGUGGUCGCCACCUCCAGGGGCUCUGCGGUGCCCCAGCUGCACAACGCCAUCGUGGAACGUUUACGAGCCCGCAUAGAGCUGUGCAGAAGGCACCACUCCACCUGCGAGAACCGAUACCAGAGGGGUCAGGCUGAGACCUCGGACCGGGAGCACGAGAGCACGCUUCACCUGCUCAACAUAGUCCAACAAGGGCCUGGGAACCGGAAGACAAAGGGGAGCCGGGGAUCGAACCAGCAACCUCCAGAGUACAGCAGGGUCAAUGGAGAGCAGAGGGGCACGGAGGGGGAGCAGAAGAUCUCCACGCGCAUAGCGCUUCAAGGAUCCCUGCGAAGGAAGAUUGAGGGACAUACACCAGGACAUCCACAAAAGCAGAAUGGCGUCUCCUGUGGUUUCUCUGCACCAGACUUUAAGCGGGUCCGUGUGGAUCCUGGCGGUCUGGGACAUGCGCCCUGCCACCACAACAUGUCCCAGUCACAUUCUCUUCAAGGGUCAUCAACCAUGGGUAUGCAGAGGAAGAAUUACAUGCUUCCUCAUGGAGUGGGGUCUGACAUCUUCAACAUGACCCUGAAAGAAAUGAAAAAAGAGCCCAUUGAGGUCCCGUCUUGUGGACAGUCUAAUGCAGAAAUGAUUUUUGACUUCAAAGAUGAAGGUGGUGGUCAGAUUGACCCCGAGCUUCAGGACCUUUUCGACGAGCUGACAAAGACAGUGCCCACGCUAAACGAUCUGGAGUUUGAGAAGAUCCUGAAGCAGGAUGACACAUUUGGUUUAGACCUAGGUCGGCCGAGCUCAGCGGGAGCAGCUGCUAGUCUGUGUUCUCCGAUGGAAAGGACGAUAAAGAUGGAGCACUCCCCAGAUUUUGGCCACGUUCAUGGAGGCUCCCCGCAGCUUCGACCAGCCUCAGCAGGACCCUCUUUCACUCUGUCCAGCAACUCUUCCACUACCACGUCGCAGAAAGCUAACACUCAGGCAGGACACCCAAGAGUAAUGCCCUGUUGGCCAGAAAUAUCCCAUGCAGAGCAACUGAAGCAGAUGGCAGCGAACCAGCAGCAGCCGAGCUCCCUGCUCCAUCACCACCAUCAGACACCACCUGCAGGAUUGACCAGCUGGGCCCCUUCUAUGACCACCCACUCCUCCACCAGCACCUUUCCCCAGGACAAGAUCUCCAGUCUGGCCCCGCUAAGCCAGCAGAGGAUGGGCACCCAGGGUAAAGGGAUCAACUGCCUCUUUAAGUCUAAUGGCCACAAUGGCUCCCAUCAUUUGGACAUGAAGGUUCUUGGCACCAAGCCCACGUUGCACUUCAGUCCCAAAGCGCCGCAUUCUGCCAACCAGCCGAUCCCUGUCAUGACAGGCUCGGUCAACAAGACUUCGGCCCAGCAGCAGACCCAACAGUCACCAGCGACUGGCCAUAAUUCGCAACACUCAGCUCUCCACUUCCAGAACCAACAGAUCUCAACAUCAGGGGGGCUUUGUCUGCAAUCCAAGCCUAGUCCCGCUGGGAUCCCUUUCAAACUGGCACAGCAGCGACAGGCUGUUCCUCCCGGUCCAAGGCUGCCUACCAAUGGAAACUUGGGGGUCAUGUCAGCUCAGUCGCAACUACCACGGCCUCCAGUACCCAUGAACCAGCAGAAAGGCCCAAUAAAAACUCAAGCCAUGCAGAGGCAGCUCAACCAGCAACAGCUCACCAUCAACAACUCAGACAAAGACAGUGCGCAUGAUCAGUUCAGUCGUCACCUCACGAGACCUCCGCCGGACUACAAGCAGCCAAGAAGUAUGGUGGGAGUUCAGCAGGGAAAUAUGUUCACAGGUCAAAACUCCUCCCAGUGUUCCAGCGGUGGUCCUGACAAUGAGCUCCAGUCCAUGUCCUGUCACCUCCAGAGCGGGCCUGGUUCCAAGAUGAAUCCCUCACCAUCAGAUCGCAGAUUUGGCAUCGGCACAGAUUGUCACACAAGCUCCUGCAUCGGUCCGUUCCAGCAGCAUAACAAUCAGAGUCAGAUUGGACUCAAUCAGAAUAAAACUCGGUUUCUGGGGCCGCACGGGCGCGGACAUUCUUUUGGGAUGAACAAUGUAGCGGGAAUUCAACACCCCAGAAUGGCGACUGACCUGCAUCCUUCAGGGGCACCAGGACAGGGUCUCGGAGGCUUGAUGAAAAAUGCCAGCAUGGGCUGGGCCUCAGCCAACAAGCAAGGGACAACUGGACUCAGUGUUAGGCGGCUCCCUAACCCACUCCAGUCUCAGGGUGCACAGCUCGACAUCCAGAACCAUGCAUACCAACAGAGACACAUCGGACCUCCCAACCAGGUAGCUCCAGAUAUCGGGAUGCUCCCUCAUAAUCCUUCAGUAAGAGACACAGGCCCAAGACCAAGUCAGCCACUCAUGGGAUCUCCGUCGGGAGUGGGAAACCAGGCCUCUCCUGAGCAGAGGGUACCAGCAGGAACCUUUGCAGAGCCCAAUCCCGGCUCCAGCAGCUUCCAGAAUAACCGAGCCAACCGUCUGACCUUUGACUUCCUCCCUGAGGGAGACAACACAGUUCCAGGGAUCAACACCGACUCAGACUUUAUUGACUCUCUGCUCAAGUCAGGCUCUGGGAAUGACGAUUGGAUGAAAGAUAUAAAUUUGGAUGAGAUUCUGGGGAGUCACUCGUGAGUUUUCGCCCAGGGAUUGCAUAAAAAUAAAAAAAAAUCCAGCAACUCAAACAACAGAGGCUAUGGAUGAGAAGAUGUAGGGGUAACAUUUUUUAAAUAUUGUAAAAAAAAAAAAAAAAAAGGAAUUUUAUAAACUCAUAUAAUUUGUUAUCCUAGUAUACUGUAUUGUUUUGUAUUGUAUUUACUGUGAAAGUCUCUCCAGUACUUCAUGUGGUUUGUUUGUCAUACUCAAGUGUAGUGCUGUCAUAAAGGAUGAAAUACCCACUUCACACUGUGAAAAGAAAA